ACUGAUUGAGAUCGCGGACGCGGACAUUAAGUAGCGACCACCAUGAACGCCAGCCUCAUCUACGAGAUCCUUAUGUACUUAAACUCGUUCUACUUCGGCAUGUACGCUGCCUUCGAGGUGGGCGUGGGCGUGCUGAAGGCCAUCAAUCUCAACUACGGGGAGAAUGCGUUGUCCCGCGAGGCGAGCAUCCUGCUCUCCCUGUGCAUCAUCGAGACCCUGCGCAUCGUCUUCGGCCGCAAGAGCAGUCUCAGCGAUCGUGGGUGGCAAGCAACCGCAUCCGUAAUAUUAACACUGCCCAGUCUUGCUAUUGUUAUCUACUUGUGUUGUUUUCAAACCUAUGUUCUCAAACUCGAAAUUAUUCUGAGUGCCUUAAUGAUCACCCUACAAGGUGCUGAACUAGUCUACGCCAGCAUAUUCAUUUGUACAAUGUGUCGCCCCGUGACAUACACCUAGCAGUUGAUAAACCACGUUGCCGCCGCCACGACCACGACCAAGAUCGAGAUUAAGACCAAGCCAGCACUAGCACUCCUCCCUCCUGGGGGAGAAGGAAGACAAGGUGGAGGAGGAACAUACAAAGCCGAGGAGGCUGCAACAACAGCUGAGCGACAACUACGACGAAGACGACGAGACACUUUCCUGUGGCACUUUCACUUCCAGCGAUACGCCAAGGCCUUCCAAGCUUGGCCAUUUUGAUGUCCGACUAUCUCAACUGAACCGCACUCUCGACCAUUUCAAGGAUUCUCUUCCAGCACUAAGAUCGCAAAACCCGUACCCAAACAUGCAUUUUGGGGCUCACACUGGAGAAAGGAUUUUCCUUAAGGUACGUCGUGAACCUUUAUCUCAACUUAUAUAAUCCGCACAGAUCUUUCUCGCGACCGCGGAAACUGCAUGGCACCGUAUUGUAACGCGACGCGACGCGAUCCGACCGAUUCUAUCAAAUGCAGAGCUGCAUUUAAUUUGAAUUUC